CAGACCCGAGUGUCUGAGUGCCUGAACGUUUCAUUGGCCCCAUUGAUUAAAAUAAAUGUCAAAAUAUAACUAAUCAUUGGCGUGUGCUAGUACGACAGUUUCGCCAAGGUGCCAUUGUUCCCGCGAGACCUGGAAGUGAAGCGCAAGCGCCCCAAGUGGCUUAAAGUGAAGUGAAACGAUAGAAACGCAGUAAUUGCAUUGACAAAGGAAGUGAAUAAGAGUGAACGGGUUUCGUCGUCGGUCAGCUUUGUUCAGCAUUUUCACCGAGCCAAAUCCAAGAGGCGACUGACUGGCGCGCAGUGAAUGCAAUUCCGAUUUCGAAACGAGCGAAACAAAACGAAAGUCUGGCGAAGAAAGUGCCGGAGCGAAAAGUUCUGCGCCGAUGAAAUGUCCAUGCAAAAAUUCAAUUAGGCGGCGACUCCUGACGGAAUUACUCGUACUGUGCGUUAUACGAGAAGAGACUGUGCACUGCAUCCGGAGUACAGAAAGCAGCGUCUGUUGUGGCAUGCAAGUGAAGGAGCAGUAACCACAAGAAUAAUGAAAAUGUUGAGCCAAGCCCUUCUCGGAGCAGGAAGCACGCAGGCAAAAUUAAAAGCAAACACCCACCGGAAGCGACGGUGCAGACCGCUGUUUUGUUGCGUUCUGGUGCUGUGUCAUCUCUGGCUGGUUGCCUCACAAGCUUCGGAGGCGAGUAGAUCAAACUUGGAAGCACCCUACAGUCAGCCCCUGACAACGAUGGGUGGUGCGCCCCGCAACGAUGACAACACGUUUCGACCCAUUCUACCCAUCGACAUUAGCCCAGAGUUCAUAUCCCGCAAUGUUUUCACAAAGACGGGACAAUAUCGCGUCUUCCAGCCCGCGGAGAGCGAGAGUGACCUUCGCCUAACGGUGGCCAUGAGGCGGCGCAACUUUAAGCAUCGCCCAGAGGCAAUUCCGGCCACAAAGGUCGAGUCCAAGAGUAUUUCUGCAAAAAAAGUUGACGGUCAGCAGGGAAACAGCUCCGCCACUCUACAAUCUGAGCUAAAGGGCUUGGAAGAUCUGCUAAUGGAAUAUGUGGAGCAGUUCUUCAGUCAGGGCAAGUAUGAGCCCGCACCUGGCCUGGUGAUUGCUCUACAACAGAAUCACACGAGUGCACAGCGCAUCACACGGAGUAUUUUGGAAGACACCAAUGUGGAGGUCAAUGUCCCACGAGCUCUGGAAAGUGCCCGGCUUCUAUUUUUCAGCGGCUUGAAGAAAAUAAUGUGGCCCAUAUAUAUGGGAUUACAGGUGCUGAAGAGUGUGCUUUUUGCCAUGUUCCUGCCGACCAUCGUUAGCAGCGUGACUCGGCUGAUUGGCAAGGGUAUUACGUCCGGCUCCGCCAGCUCCGUGCCUUUGUUUGUCCGCCCCAUGGAACCGCCGCAGGAGCUGGACUUCCGAGACAACACUCUGAACUUUGACGACGACAGCAAAUUCAGCUUGGCUGACGACAGCAAAACUGCUGGAGCCUACGAAUACAAUGCAGAGGCCUCCCAACAGCAGGCCCAGUAUGCCAACUUCAAUGGCAACUCAAUCAACCAGGCGACCCUUUCCCGCUAUGGCGGCCAGCAGAUGAUGCAGGACACCUACCUCAAUGCGCUACAGAACAUCGGUGCCGCCUCCUUCAAGAACUCACAGAGCCUGUCGGGGUCGUCGAGUGCAGCAGGAGCUGCCCCCGGCAUGACCAAGAAGCCAUCGCCGGCGGUAAUGAACACAUUCCAGAGCUUCCAAAAGGUACCCAACUCCUCGCUGCUGCUGUCCAACUACGACCCCUUCUACAGUCCGCUGCUGUCGCGUCUGGACUCGGUGUUCGCUCAGCUCAAGCUGAACUCGGCGAACGAGACCUGCCGCGAAAAGCUCAUCUGUCUGAUGUACUCCAACCCCGCGAAGUAUGCUCCAUAUAGCAAUCUGGUGUCCGCGCAGCUGAGUCGAGAGCUAAACGAGUUGCGCAAGCCCACCUCCGAUAAUCCGGACAUCCUGCGCUUCUUCAAGUACAUGCGGGCGGCCAAGGACGGACAGGAUGGCGUCGACUGUGAGCAGUCGUUUGUCAAGUGCACGGAAUUCAAGGAUUUCGAGAAUCCAGCAAUGCUUUCCACCUACAACGACAUCAACAAAUUGGUCCAGGCCCGUAAACUGACGUAGACGAGGAGCAGCAUCCAGCAUCCAGAAUCGGAUGGGCGGAACAAUGACAGCAAAAGUUCGCAAAAGUGAAGUCAAACUACGUCUGAUGUCUGUUGUCUAAUGUCUGAAGUCUGGGGACUCGAGCUGUAAUUAUGCAAAUCGUACUUUAGAUAGCCUAGCCAUAUACAAGUUCGUUAGACGCUCCACCGGAGGCAGCUGUCAGCAGACGUUGUUGCGGCCAGGUCGGCCAGGUCUGCCUCAAGAGUGGGGCUUGUUGGGGG